AUGUCAUCCGAUUCAAUGGGUGUAAAGGGAAUUGAUGGGCAAUUAACACAAGCUGCAAUGUCAAAUAUUGAAACUAUCGAGUUGAAAGGUAUUAAUGAACAAAGGACGAGGAAGAACGUUAUCGGAUCAGAAGUAGGUAUAAAUAUAAAUGAACUACAGCCCGUCCAAAGUUUUGAUAAUGAUGACGGAGGUUCAGAUGCCUAUACAGAUUACGAUGACGAUGGUUUUACGUAUGCUGAGGGAGGGAUCGCAGCUUGGCUAGUUGUUCUUGGCUCAUUUUUAGGUAUUUUACCUACAUGGGGGUUGUAUUUUUCAGCAGGUGUCAUUCAAACGUACGUUGCACGUCACCAGUUAAAGGAUGAGUCAACAUCUACAGUAUCGUGGAUUUUCUCUGUUUCGAGUUGUUUGUUAUUAGGGACAAGUGUCUUCAGUGGGAUGUAUUUUGACAGAUAUGGUGCUAGAAAACCUUUAGUGAUAGGUACAGUAAUGACCGUUGGGGGUGUAUUGGCAGUAGCACAAUGUACUAAAGUGUGGCAGUUUAUUCUUGCAUUGAGUGUUUGCGUUGGCACAGGAUCAGGUAUUACGUCUAGUCCGUUAUUGGGAUGUAUCUGUCACCAUUUUCAGAAGCGAAGAGCUAUUGCCACUGCAGUUGCCAUUAACGGUGGGAGUAUUGGUGGUGUUAUUUUCCCAUUAUUCUUAGAAAAAUCGUUUAAAAAUUUGGGGUUCGCCUGGACUAUGAGAAUUAUGGCUUUAAUUUGUGGAGUAUGUUUGACUGUUUCGAUGUUUUUAAUCAAGGAAGACCCCGAGAAACGUGCGGCUGUCGAACCGAAAGAUGCUAGCACUCCUUUCCACAAGAAUUUACUUUACAACAUAAGAGAUUCCUUUGAUUACAAGUCUAUAGUAUCCGAUCAAAAGUAUCUGUUUUGUGUUUUAGCUUCGUGUUUGGCUGAGGUAUCUACUGGUGCCGUUUUAACCUAUAUCACAUCUUACUGUACAACGGUAGGGUAUUCUGAGAAUACUUCAUUUUUACUUGUCACCAUUUUGAACACCUUAAGUAUUGUCGGGGGAUACAUGUUUAGUUUUUUGGCUGAUAAAGUGAUGGGCAGAUUUAACGUCAUGAUCAUGAUCAAUUUCUUGUUAGGAUUUGUCCCGCUAAUAUUUUGGUUACCUUUCGGAAACAUAGGUCCUUCGGUAAUGUACGGAUUUUCCGCAGUCUAUGGUUUGUUUUAUGGGUCAUUGAUUAAUCUCGCUCCAGUCUGCUGCGGUCAAAUUUCAAGGACAAACGAGUUUGGAAGAAGGUAUGCAACAAUGUAUUGUUUCGUUGGUCUUUCAUUUCUAGUUGCAAUUCCAGUCUCAGGUGUUAUCAUCGGUGAUGGUUCCUUAAAGAAUUAUAACAACUUUAUCAUCUAUGUUUCUGUAUUGUCCAUGAUUUCUAGUGGUUUAUAUACGAUGAGCAAAUGUUACGCGGUUAAACAAAAGCUUAAUAGAUCACCUAGAAAUGCGCACAAUAAUACAAUUCUAUCUUCUGUAUUUGCUUUUGUUACAAAGAAAUUCUGA